AGUUUUGUUUUGCGAGUUUUCCCCGUUUGUCUCGGUUGACUGGAGGUUAGGUUAAGGCGCUUGAAAGAGCACGGAAUGCUAUACGUGUGAACCGUGUUGACGCUAACCGACCAAGUGUUCAAGAGAAAGUGCUGGAAGCGGCGAAACUCAACAGAGAAACCCGAUAACACCUUGUUGCUAAGCUAACGAUACCCAGCUAGUUGUCGCGGUUAGCGUUAGCCUCCAGUGUGCGCUGUGUUGUAGGGGCUCUCUGAGCGAACGAAGCCAUGGGGAACCGGGGCAUGGAAGACCUGAUUCCCCUCAUCAACAAGCUUCAAGACGCUUUCAGCUCUAUUGGUCAGAGUUGCAAUUUAGACCUUCCCCAAAUCGCUGUCGUCGGCGGACAGAGCGCCGGAAAAAGCUCAGUGUUGGAGAAUUUUGUUGGCAGGGACUUUCUUCCUCGUGGAUCAGGCAUUGUUACCCGCAGACCUCUCAUUUUGCAGCUGGUCAACAAUAAAGCAGAAUAUGCUGAAUUCCUGCACUGCAAAGGAAAGAAGUUUGUGGAUUUUGAUGAAGUGCGGUCGGAAAUUGAGGCGGAGACUGAAAGGAUAACAGGCUCCAACAAGGGGAUCUCUCCCAUCCCCAUCAACCUGAGAGUCUACUCCCCACAUGUGUUGAACCUGACCCUAAUCGACCUUCCGGGAAUGACCAAGGUUGCGGUUGGUGACCAGCCUGUCGACAUUGAGCAUCAGAUCAGGGAUAUGCUGAUGCAGUUCAUCACCAAGGAGAGUUGUUUGAUCCUGGCAGUCACGCCUGCCAACACUGACCUGGCCAAUUCUGAUGCUCUAAAGAUCUCCAAGGAGGUGGACCCACAGGGUCUGCGCACUAUUGGUGUUAUUACAAAACUGGACCUGAUGGAUGAAGGGACAGAUGCAAAGGACAUCCUUGAAAAUAAACUGCUGCCACUGCGUAGAGGUUAUAUUGGUGUGGUGAACCGCAGUCAGAAAGACAUUGAUGGGAAAAAAGACAUCCGUGCUGCUCUGGCUGCAGAGAGGAAGUUCUUCUUGUCCCACCCUAGCUAUAGACAUAUAGCAGAGCGUAUGGGUACACCACAUCUACAAAAGUCACUCAACCAGCAAUUGACCAACCACAUCAGAGACACACUUCCUGGUCUGCGCAGCAAGCUGCAGAGUCAGCUCCUCUCCCUGGAGAAGGAGGUGGAGGAGUACAAGAACUUCCGUCCCGAUGACCCGACACGCAAGACCAAGGCCUUGUUACAGAUGGUGCAGCAGUUCGGAGUAGACUUUGAGAAACGCAUUGAAGGCUCUGGGGACCAGGUGGACACCAACGAGCUUUCGGGUGGUGCCAAGAUCAACCGCAUCUUCCAUGAACGCUUCCCUUUUGAACUCGUCAAGAUUGUGUUUGAUGAGAAGGAGCUAAGGCGAGAGAUCAGUCAUGCAAUCAAGAACGUCCAUGGUGUCAGAACUGGCCUGUUCACUCCAGACCUGGCGUUUGAGGCCAUCGUGAAAAAGCAGAUCGUUAAGCUGAAAACGCCCUGUCUCAAAUGUAUCGAUCUGGUCAUUCAGGAGCUCAUCAACACAUUCAGGCAGUGUUCCCACAAGCUCAACUCUUACCCCAGACUGCGAGAGGAGACUGAGAGGAUUGUCACCACCUACGUCAGAGAACGAGAAGGGAAGACCAAGGACCAGGUUCUGCUGCUGAUUGACAUUGAGCUGUCCUACAUCAACACCAACCAUGAAGACUUCAUUGGCUUUGCUAACGCACAGCAGAGGAACACAGCUGCAAACAAGAAGAGGGCCAUACCCAACCAGCUUGUCGGACUGGGAGAGGUCCAUGAGGAGAAGGUGAUCAGAAAAGGCUGGCUGACCCUCAACAUCAGCAUCAUGAAGGGAGGCUCCAAGGAGUACUGGUUUGUCCUGACUGCUGAGUCCUUGUCUUGGUACAAAGAUGAGGAGGAAAAAGAAAAGAAGUAUAUGCUGCCUUUGGAUAAUCUGAAGCUCAGAGAUGUUGAGAAAGGCUUUAUGUCCACAAAGCACGUCUUUGGAAUCUUCAACACUGAACAAAGGAACGUGUACAAAGAUCUUCGACAAGUCGAACUGGCUUGUGAUUCGCAAGAGGACGUUGACAGCUGGAAAGCGUCCUUCCUCAGGGCAGGAGUUUAUCCAGAGAAGGAUCAGGUGGAAAAUGAAGAGGCUGCUCCCGCCGACACUUUCUCGAUGGACCCACAGCUGGAGCGACAGGUGGAAACCAUCCGCAACCUGGUGGAUUCGUACAUCAGCAUCAUCAACAAAUCCAUCAGAGACCUCGUACCCAAGACCAUCAUGCAUCUCAUGAUCAACAGUGCGAAGGAUUUCAUCCACUCAGAGCUGCUGGCCUACCUCUACUCAUCUGGGGAUCAGAACAGUCUCAUGGAGGAGUCAGCUGAGCAGGCCCAGCGUAGAGAUGAAUUGCUGCGCAUGUAUCAUGCCCUCAAGGAGGCGCUGCACAUUAUCGGUGACAUCAGCACCAGCACUAUCUCAACCCCAGUACCCCCACCAGUAAAUGACACCUGGAUACCAGAAACUAGCCCUUCCUCUCAGCAUAGGCCAACCCCUGCAACAGCCCCGCCUCCCUCCCGUCCACCCGCUGUUCGGGGCCCAACACCAGGACCACCCAUGAACCCCUCCCCUGCCUUUGGAACCCCACUCAACCCCUCUCCUGCCUUCGGAGCACCUCCAAUCCCCUCUCGCCCAGGCCCGCCCAUAAAUGCGUACAACAGCAGUAUGGAUCCCUUCAGCGCACCGCCUCAGAUCCCCUCCCGGCCAGCUCGCAUCCCACCCGGCGUACCCAGCCGAAGACCCCCCGGCGCUCCUUCUCACCGGCCCACCAUUAUCCGCCCUGCUGAGCCCUCCCUGCUAGACUAGACCCGUGGCCAAUCCCACCUAUGCGUGUGUUGUUUUUGUGAGGGUGUGUGUAUCUGCACACAGUCAGGUGGUGGCUUGAGGGGAGGGGCUGACUGAUAGCGGUGUGUAAAUAUGCACUGUCCAGCCGUAAUAAUGUCUAUUCAAGCAAUGUUAAUAAGCUGCUAAUACUGUCUCUAUCAGUGCACAUGAACGAAAGAAAGCCCUUUACCACUUGAACAUUAUAUUUGAUUGCUGUGGAAAUUGUAUAAUACAAUACAGUGAGAUGCAUUUGCUCCGAUCUGUAGGAGGCGGUGUAUCAAAUUCAGGCCAAGGGCUUUUUUUUUAUUGUAAUAACUGCUUUAUUUCCUCUGUCAAGAUUCCUUAUAGAAGCCCAUCAAAUAAUUUAAUAACUGAUAUAGGCUGGUUUUUCUCUCCCCUCCAUCCACCUUUUUAGAUUGGCCCACAUGCCCAAGUGUAGAUAACUGUGUAAUGCACACAUAACCGGUUGUUAUUGUUUACUGGGUUUUCAUUUCUAAAUCGAGUUCAUUCUGAAAAACGAAAGCCCAUCAUCACCGUUUUCUUUUUGGAGGUGAUGAUCGCGUUUCCGUUUUCCUCCCUUGUUAUAUUUUUAUUUGAGUGACAACGUCCUUUUUUAAUGACCUGAUAAAUGUAGCUUUAAAAAAAAAAAAUGAAAACCUAAUUACAGCAAAAGCAAAACAGGAGGAGACACAGGGUGUGAGACUGAUGGAGUAGCUACAGAUUCCCCUCUGUAAGAUCUUCUUCAACAGUGAAAAGAAAGAUGUCGGCCAGAUUGACCAUUAUAAUCCAAGCACUUCGAACCAACCUAGCCUUACAGCAAAUCACUCAUAAUGAGGAGGAUGUAGUCCGUUACCACAACACUAUGCACAAAAAAACCCAGGAGCGGCUGAAGGACGGCUGCACUUUGAGGGAAGCUUUUCUGUAGUAAACGCCUUGAAUUUUAAUCCCUUUAGUCUCAGUUGAACUCAAAUGUAGACUUUAUUCAUUCCUGUUGAUUUGUUGAUUCAUAUAAUACAGAGAACACACAGUAGGAUUUUCUCUCCGAGAGAAUAAAACUGUGAAUUUUAUCAGGAUAGUAUGAGGCUUAAAGGAAGUGGCUCAUCUCUUUCUGGGCUCAGUUGUCAAUUAAAAAAAAAAAUUGUAUAUAGGUCGACUAUAUGGGGGAAAUUAGCACUUGUAUUACGUUUAACUGCAGGGAUGAUGAUGAUGAUGAUGAUGAUGAUGAUAGAAAUAUAAUUUAAUCAACGGCCAACAUGUCACAACACAACUGUACGUGUCAUCAUUGAAAGCACUAACACUGUCAUUUUAAUAGCUUUGGAUGUAGGGAAAACGAUCCGCAUUAUUUAUAACCAGGGCAUUUGUACUUUCUCUUCACGACUUGGCUGCCGUUGUAUCAGCUGUGUAUAGCUCUGUGCUCCUCAGCUUCUACCGGACUGUUCUUUGAGAUUCUGCUACAGGGAUUACUGCUCUAAGUACUGUCUGAAUGUGUUUUUGGGGGGCACUUGGGGCUCAACAUACACAGUUGUGAUGUUUUGAUAAUGAGAACUUUUCUUUUGUUUGACCAUUUCAAACCAAUCUUAAACAUUUGUUGGUGUUGAGGGUGAAACUGCUCAGGCGGGGGCGGGGGGGGGGGAGUGACAUUGGGUUGGAUGUUUUACAUUUUUUGGUUUGAUCGGUAGAUGUGAACGGGUGGCGGGUGUUGCGGUGUACAGAGGCACAUCCUGUCUUGAGAAGCUGUCUAGACGUGGCACCAUUCUCGCCACAGACAAUUGAAACUUUAUUAGACGUUUCUCAAAAGGAGAAAAAAAACAUUUCUCAAAAGAACAUGCUUAAGACAGAAUGUGUCUCUUUUUUUAUUCUUCCUCUGCAUCCACAGGUCUAGCUUUCAGUGACAGUGCUAGAGAAACAAACUCAGAAUUUGAAACGACUGAAGAACCAUUUCAUUUGAUCUUUCACAGACCUAUGCUACACAAGGUUUUAUAAAAUAAAUUAUAAAAAUUAUUACUGCCCAAUUUUUCUUUUUUUUUUCUCAUGCCUGUCACUGCAGCCUGACCUUGAGAAGCUCAGAUUGUAACCACCCUGUAAAACAUUAGUUUGUGCUCUUCCUCCUUCCUCUUUCCCUCCCCCUGUGUGGAUCUGGUGGAAGGGGUUGGAAACCAACCUGUGAAAGAAAAAAAAAUCUUUCUCUUUUUGUUUUGCAAACCCCUGUCAAGUGCCGCUGUAGCAAGUCAUUGAUUUGAAUAAACAAAAUGAACUAAUUCAAAAAGGUGAAAAAAUAAAGAGGUGUUGUGUACAAUAAAGGGACUGGCUCUGGUGGU